UAACCAAGAGGUAGCUGCAGCUUUUGAGAGUAGAGCCGCAACAUCGCCCUCUUUUGCUCCGGACAUAACAUGACAUGUCUGCUUUUGUCAACGACAACCAACCGAGGCAGACAGUCUUUCGUCGGGUUUGCCUGUGGUGCUAGUAGCCAGCCAGCCAGCAACAACCAGCCGCCUGAAUGUAGAUCCGCAUGGGCUACUACUAUUCUUUCUCUCCAAACACCCAGCGGAAUCAUAAGAUAAGGAUCCCAGGAUGGUCUUAGUGCAUGUCGGAUAUCUGGUUCUUCCUGUAUUCGGCUCAGUAAGAAACAGAGGAUCGCAUUUCAACCGGCAACAGCAGCAGCAGCACAGCCAUGCUACCUCUUGCCGGCACUUCCAGUUAGGUCCUCAGGCUCCGCUGCCCAUGGACUUCCCCAUGCCCCACCCAGGGCAGCCACAGUCAGGCAUUAACCCCCACCUGGCCCCUCCUGGCCACCAGCAUGGCCCUCCGCUCCACCCGCCCCUCAACCCAUUGCCCUCCCCCCAGUUCCAGGACAUCCCUGCCCCUCCCUUCCUACCUCAGGCAUUACACCAGCAAUACCUCCUCCAGCAGCAGAUCCUCGAGGCCCAGCACCGACACAUCCUGCCACCUUCCAGACGUACCCCGGAGCGAGUUCCUCACCAGCCCCACAGACUGCGGCCCGGCUUUGAGUUUGCUCCGCCUCUCCAUGUCCCCCCUCAGCCUGUGGUGCAGCAGCCCCGCUACCUGGCUGAGGGCACAGACUGGGAUCUAAGUGUAGAUGCUGGGCUGCCCCCCCACCAGUAUCACAUCCAUCCGCUGCCACAGCACUAUCAGCACUACUUGACCUCUCCUAGGAUGCACCACUUCCCCAGAAACAAUGCCUCAACACAAGUGGUUGUCCAUGAGAUCAGAAACUACCCAUAUCCCCAGCUGCACCUGCUGGCUCUGCAGAGUCUCAACCCCUCCCGCCACGCGUCUGCUGUUAGAGAGAGCUAUGAGGAGCUUUUACAGCUGGAGGACAGGCUGGGCAGUGUGAACCGAGGAGCGGUCCAAACCACCAUAGAGAGAUUCACCUUCCCCCACAAGUAUAAAAAGAGAAUACCCCAGGACCUGAAGAUGUGUCUGGAAGAUGAGGAGCUGGACACAGAUGAGAAGUGCACCAUCUGUCUGUCCAUGUUGGAGGAUGGAGAGGAUGUCAGGAGAUUACCCUGCAUGCACCUUUUCCACCAGGCGUGUGUGGACCAGUGGUUGGCCACCAGCAGGAAGUGCCCCAUUUGCAGAGUGGACAUUGAGACCCAACUGACCCCUGACAGUUGAUAGCCCCUGUCGUCUCCUGCAGCUUUGAAUCUGGUCUUGUUAAUUCUCCAUUGCCUCCCCCUGGGGGGAAGCUCUGCCAAACACCCCUCUCUUUCCCUCUGCAUCACCCACAGGCCUGCCUUCUGAGGCAAGGCUGUGACCGAGGGAUCAACAAAGCACACUCACCUACAACACAGCGAGGGAUGGGGGUCGAUGCAUAGAUGGGGGGCUGGACUGAAGGUUGAUUUGAGUGGACUGGCUGGAUAUAAAAGGUAGGAGCGGACACGUAUGGACAGAUGUGCUGAGGCUUCACACAGAUUCUGUCAGAUUGUGCACCCUGUGUGCAUUUCUCUAUACAGCCAUCAAGAGAGGACUUCUGACUACCAACCUCCCCAGCUCACUGUGGGGCGUAUUAAGGCCAUUUCUCUGCCACUACAUCAAAACCCCCCACCCCCCCCACCCCUCUGCCUGUGAAAAAAUCCUUUAAGCUGCACUCUGCCCAAGCCCUCAGCACAUCUGUACAGAACAUUAUCAAAUGAUUAGCAUGAGGUUGUUUGGUGUGAACUCUUGUAGCUGAACGCUUGUGGUGUAAUGGAGUAUAGUACUGAAUAAGUAUUUACAGAGUAACAGUGUUGUGUAGCAAGCAAAAGCCUUUUGAGAAAAAAUGUUUGUGAAAAAUAAACCUACAAAGAGGGUGAACACGGCUCAAAUAAGAGAGAAUAUUUGCGUGUUAAUUAAUCAUAGACAAUGAGGAAAGAGAUAGUUGUGUAAAAAGGCCAAAAAUCCCUCUUUCUUGUCUAACAUGGUUUUGGAUUUCCAGUUAGUAGAUGCCAUCAGAGUUGAUGCUAAACCCGCUAACUGCAGGCAUGGCUUCCAGUGAUCUGUGUAGUGUCGUAGUGGGGCCUCUAUUAUCUAGAGCAGGGGCCUCAGAUGUGCAUGCUGUAUGGCAGGCUUGGGCUGUGUCGUUAAUAUUGUGGAGCAGUAGAAACAGGGACUGUGUGUCUGUGCAUGUGAACCGUAUACUAUGACGAUCCCACUCAUUCAUAGAGGAGGACAAGAAUGCACCAAAUUCCCCUCCCCACCUCCCCUCUCCCCUCAUCCCGAGGAGACCAACGUUGCCCUUAGACACGGAUCUCACAUCGAUGUAGCGUUUCUCUCGUGACGAUCCAGGUUAGGAUUCAAAGAGCUGCUGGUGGAUCUGUGUCUAACUGCAACUCCUCUCUGUGGCCUCGCUCAUAGCAUGAUCACAUGACGUGAGAGGCCGGCAUGGGUUUGAGGAUUUGGUGCCUGAGGUCUUGCUAUCAGAUUGAAUAAAAUCUGACAUUUGUAUGACCUAUUACCAGAACCUUAUUGCCUAUCAAACAAGCACAUGUGAUUUCUAUAUACAGUGAAUGGCCUCUGUGGUGUAUCGGCUCCUUUUCAUUUCAACCUAAGUUGCUCCCACUGUCCUGAUAAAAGACUGUGUCUGGUGUUACAGGGAAAAUACAAACUAGUUUGCCUGUGAUAUGUGCUAGAAUGUGUAUGAUUGUCCCGACUCCCUCCCCCCAUGGUAGUAGUGUAUGGUAUUGCUAGAACAACUGUGAUACGUUCAGUGAUAGAAGCUGUUUCUCUUCAUCAUGCAUGAACCAUGUUGGCAUAGUUCACUUGAAGGAGGGUGAAAGGGAGAAAAAGCCAUCCAUUUGAAAAAUACCAAACAAUUGUUCUUAACAUUAUUUUUAUUUUUGUCUUUUUCUGCCAUUUUCUUUUUCUUCUCGUAUUUCUUUUGCUCACAUGCCAAUUUGGACAUGGUACUAAUAUGCCGAGUCCGUGUCCAUUUUAACCAUAGUGAAGAAAAAGCUGCAAUGCUGCAAAAACAUAUUUAUUGUUGUUAUAAUGUAGCUUGUGUUUUGUAAAUGCACUAUAAUAUGGAGUUGCCUGAGUUUUUGGUUUGGUGGUGUGGGUUCUUCUUGUCCUAGAUUUUGUGUUUCUAUUCAGUUCCAAGUAUUUUCAUGCUUCCUUGUGUAUUAUUGGAGGGUAACUUGACUGUUUGUGUUGCGUUUUUUUUUUCUUUUUGUAUGAAACCUCCAUCCAAAAAACUACAGAUGGAUGAAAAUGGAGGUUUUGCUAGUUCACAUAGAAUGCUGUGAUUAAAGAUGCCUUAAGUAUUUAACAAUCAUUAUUUAUUACUAACUGUAGCUAGCUAGCUAUUGUGGUGAAAUAUUUAAUGUCUCUAUCUCAUAACUUUGCAAUUUAAUCAAUAUAUUUAUUUAAAAUAACACAAAAUAUAAAAAAAAAGAAUACCUCAUUAUGCAUUGGUCGGUGGGGAUGCUUUUGCAUGCCGUCUGUGUUUUCUUUUUCAAAGGAGAAAAAAAGAAACCUGUUGAAAAAUUUACUUGUGGGGUGUGUUUCCUGACACAUUUUCAAGCCAGCAUGGUGCUGUUGAUCUGGAUUACAUUCCAUUCAUUUCACCUCUUGAAUUUACUUUAAAAUCUUUUCAUUAUUGAACAUCCUCUCUGCUUUGCUCUGAAGCAGAAGACGGGGUACAAUCCUUUUGGUCUUAGUAUGGCUCCACAAAUAGCUUGCCUUUGUUAUAUGAUACUGCUUUGUUUCCCAUAAUCAGUUAUAUUUUAUUUAAGUUUUGCUAUUUUCUUUCUUUUUUGCCAUGUUUAUGAUAUUUUUUCAUAUCUGGAUCUCAAUGUAGUGCUUAUUAUUAUUAUUUUAAGACCCACAUAAUGAGCUGUAUUAACUUUCCCUUAUGUAUUGCUGGCAAAUGCUUUGUGUGGGAUUUUUGAAAGUAUCUAACAUGCUAACUUGAGCCAUUGGUCUUAUUGAGCAAAUUUCUGGUGUACUGUGGUUAUACAAAAUAGAUAGUGUGUUUCACACCUGGGUAUAAUAAGCUAACUACAUUUUCAGUGUGCAUUUCUUAUUAAUACUCUACUAAUCCUGCAAAUUAUUAUAACCUGUAUUCGAUUGGAAUGAAGCUGGCUGGUCUUACUAUUCUUCUUAUUCUUCUUAUUUCAUUUUGUGCUCUCACUGGCCUUACCCCGUGUCCUCCACAGUGUACCCCAUUACUCCAGAGCAAACUGGACAGUAGCCAUAGUAUUAACUCAAGCUGAUGAACCGGAAUGAACAGUAGAACUUAAAGCACAAGCUUUUUAAUGCAUGUCCUUCUCAGGUUUUCCUAUGUGUAUGUGGGAGUAGCUCUGUAGAUGUGUUUAAUAUGAUGCUGUACCUUCUUGAAUAUUUCAGAUGUUUCUUUGCUGCUGAAAAAAUGUUGAUUAUUAACCUGCCAGUGAAAAAGGGAAGUGGCCAUCUUUGUACAACACACUGCUGUUUUGCUGUAACCGCGCAAUGUUUUAUGAUCUUGAGUAUUUUAUAGAAAAGUAGAAGUAUGUAUCAAUAAUAUGAAAGCAAUAGCUAAAUCAUAAUGAAGAAUAACAUGAUCAGUGAAUAUUGUGGAAAAUCUUUAGAUUCACUCUGGGUGGAUUUUGUACUGUAUUUAUUACUAAUGAUGAUGCAAAAAGUUGCAUAGCUUAACCCAAACUGUUCUGUCUCUUUUUUAUUUAUUGUCUUGUAUAUGAUCUUUUUGUAUGUGUUUUUCAAAUAAACUGCCUAAAAUGCUAA